AAAAAAUCUUCGCAUAUCUGGUACUGGGGCUUGAAUGAUUGGGGGUCUGAUAUUGGAUGUCUGACUUCAAGAAGAGCAGCUCUGGCAGCUCAGUGAGUUGAGUUAUAUUGUGGUUGAUUCCAGCAGUCAGAGAUAUAUCAGGAGUGCCCGGCUGCGUGAUUGCUCGUUGGAAAUCGUGAGCAGAAAGAGGAAUAUGAACUAAGAGCCGCAUUCUAAACCCGAGAACGAGUACCGUAUACGCUGUUAUUAUCCUUUAGAAAAACGCAGGCGAUUUUCACUCAGGACAUCCCCGUUUAUUUAGAGAAUCAACUGUUUUCACAGUCAAGCUUCAAAGGAGUAUCAUCAUGAUGACUGCACGUGAAAAAACCAAGAAGAAACCUCCUAAAGACAGCCUGACACUGCUACCCUGCUUCUAUUUUGUAGAGCUGCCCAUAGUGGCUUCCUCCAUGGUUUCACUUUACUUCCUGGAGCUCACAGAUGUGCUCCAGCCAGCGCAGGUGGGAUUCCGCUGCCAUGACCGCUCUCUCAGCAUGCCCUAUGUGGACAGUGGAGAUGAGCUCAUUCCUCUGCUCAUGCUCCUGAGUCUGGCGUUUGCUGGCCCUGCCGCCUCUAUCAUGAUAGGUGAGGGUCUGCUGUAUUGUAUGCAGUCCAAACUUAAGGUCCGCUCAGGGAUUGAGGGGAGCAUCAAUGCUGGUGGCUGUAACUUCAACUCUUUCCUGCGGAGAACUGUUCGUUUUGUUGGUGUUCACGUUUUUGGUCUUUGUGCGACAGCACUGGUCACUGAUGUCAUCCAACUAGCCACUGGCUAUCACACACCAUUCUUUCUUACAGUGUGCCAACCCAAUUAUACUGUCCCAGGUGUGUCCUGUGACAAGAACCCUUACAUCACCAAAGACAUAUGCUCUGGCCAGGAUCAGCAUGCCAUUCUCUCUGCCAGGAAAACCUUCCCCUCCCAGCAUGCAACCCUCUCUUCCUUUGCUGCUGUUUAUAUUUCAAUGUACUUCAACUCAACAAUCUCAGAUAGCACCAAGCUGCUUAAACCCAUUCUGGUCUUUGCCUUUGCCAUUGCGGCUGCUUUGACUGGACUCACUCAGAUCACCCAGUACCGAAGUCACCCCAUUGAUGUUUAUGUCGGGUUCUUUAUUGGUGCCGGGAUUGCUGCAUACCUGGCUUUCCAUGCUGUUGCCAACUUUAAAUCUCCAGAGGACACUGCUGUCCUGCAACCCCAUCCUCUGCAGAAGGAUGCACUGAGGGCUCUGGCUCAGCGAGGUCACGACUCUGUCUAUAACAAAGGUCAUGCUUCCGAGAGCAAUGAGGAAAUUACAUCUCCAGCAUCUCUUGAUGGUCUGAACCAGCCUGUACACCAAGAGAAAGCCUCCCUGGGCAGCUUGAAGAGGGCCAGUGCAGAUGUGCAGCUGCUUGCUCCACGGAGCCCUAUGGGUAAGGAAACCAUGGUUACUUUCAGCAACACAUUGCCCCGUGCUACAGCUCCAGAGGAACCAACAAGGCGUCUGGUGACAGUACCUGUACCACUGGACCCUAUGAGGUCACAGCAGUUGGUGUCUGAAUGGAAGCAAAGGUCAAUGGAGAUGCGAGGUGGAAGCUUGCCAGAUGAAGACACCAGCGAGCAGGGCUCAGACGGUGGCGAUGACACCACCACUGAAGAAGACAGCAUCCAUUCCUCAAUCUAUCCAUCUGUACCACAGCCUACCAAACCAGCUAACCCACCAGCCGGAGCAAGAGUAGUGAUGCCCCCUCGUCCCCCAGUGCAGCCCUCUGUACCCCCGCCUGUAUCCCCUAAAAGUGCAAGCACUCGGGCCAAAUGGCUGUCCAUCACUGAGAAAAGUGUUGCCAACAUUCCAGCCCUCAAGGGAGGACAUCAGCCUCGGCUCAUGCAAGUCAUCGCCAUGUCGAAGCAACAGGGACUCCUGUCUGGAUCGGCCAAAUCCUCCGAGACAUCGUCCUCUUCCGGUACGUCAUCCAUCACAGGUGAGUCAUCUCCCAAUCACACACCCUCAGAGCGUGACAGCAGUUCGAGCAUUGUCACCAUAGAUGCCCAUGCCCCCCACCACCCUGUGGUUCAUAUGACCUCUAACCCCACUAACCCCUGGGAGUGGAGAGGAUCUUCUGAUGGAAAUAUGACUGAGUCAUAUGAGCUCAAGAGUGUCAAUCAUGAGGGUUCCCGUGUUUACCAUCACAUCAGGAGCAGCUCUCCUUGUUCUUUUACCAGUGAGGCUGACCAUGCACCACCCCAGACCCCUCAUCACCCACAGCCACCAAUUCCCCCUCAACUCCCUCCCAUGGGUCAAACCGCAGAAGGUCGUAGUCUGCGCCACAAGACCCCCCUAGUUCUGCUGGACAGGGAUAGCAGUCAGAACCACUCUGAACAGGACAACUACUACAAAAAGCUUCUAAGUGGCAGGCAUUUCAAAGACUGACAAUGCUUUUAGAACUGUAGUUAUAAGCACAACUACAGAGGAUGGGGUGGGCAUCACCAUGCAA